CCGAAAAAACCGAAAACGAAAGCGGAUCUGCGUCGUCAAUAUGAGGAGAAUGAGAAAUUAAGUGAAGUAAAGAAAGCCGUUCUUUUGGAAGCGAAAAACGCCGCAGCGGCAGCGAACAAGGAGUCAAAGGUGCCUACGUCAGCACCAGCCGCCCAGCCAUCCACCCCCACCAUGACGAAGCCGUCCACUUCCGCUACGAAAACUUUCACCCCGAAGGAACAGUCCGUGGCGACGGCACCAGUAGCACCGCUUUCCAACGGCACCCUUGUGAAGGGUGCUAUUGACAAGGAAACGUUCGAACGGGAAAAGGAACGGGCCGAUAGAGCUGUUGGACAGACACGCAAAUUGCUGAACUUCUUUUUGAAGCAGGGGGUUUCAUUCGCGGAUCGAUUCCGACGAAUGGGUGAUGAGGAGUUGCUUGAACAAGACGUGGAGCAGUUUGGCAGGAACUUAUGGGAGGAACAUGUGCUAAAGAUCUGUCGUGAGCGAGAUGAAUUGCGUAUGCUUCGUCGAAGCGAUAAAGAGCAAAUGCGAAAAUUAUGCGAAGAUGAGUUCCGUUCGGAAUUGACGAUCAUCCUUAAAUGGGCAAUGCCAGACGACGUGGUAACAUAUGAGAAUUGCUUCCAAAUGAAGGAUAAGUUGAUCGGUAUGCUGAACGCAGAUCCAGAAGAAAGUGAGGAGUUGUCUCAGCAGUCAGAAGUAUUCGUCCCAGAAUCACCCCGUGCUGAUUCUUUGACGGAAUAA